GAUUUUAUUCUCAUCACUUUCAAAAUGAAGAUUCUGGGUGGAGGGUCUCUUCAACUUGUCUAUGCACUCCUAAUUUUAGUGCAUAUGCAACCCUCCAUUGGAUUCAAUUCAACAAUUGGUGAUGAUGAAGUUAGGUGCAUAGAGAGCGAAAGACAAGCCCUUCUCGCAUUUAAGCAUGGUUUGGUUGACGAAUAUGGCUGGCUUUCCUCAUGGGACAAUGAAGAAAAGAAAAAGGAUUGUUGUGAAUGGGAAGGAGUUCGAUGUAGCAACAAAACUGGGCAUGUAACUGUGCUUAAUCUAACAAACUGGUUUGCUCCAUUAAGAGGUAACUUUAGUCCUUCCCUAUUUGAGUUGCAACAUUUAAUUUAUUUAGACCUCAAUGGGAUUAAUUUCAACUUAAGCCGCAUUCCAAAUUCUAUCGGUUCACUCAACAAAAUAAAACAUCUUGAUCUCUCUAAUUGUAAUUUAAGUGGAUCUCUUCCUAGUCAGCUUGGGAACCUUAGAGGUCUGCGGUAUCUUAAUCUUGGCUAUAAUCAGUUUGAAGGUUUGAUUCCAGAAUAUAUUGGUCACAUGACUUUUCUGGAAAACCUAGAGCUGGCCGGUGACCAAUUUGAAGGAGGGAUACCAAAAUCCUUUGGGAACCUGUGCAACUUAGUUUCCCUAGAUCUGUGGCUUAACAAUCUUGACGGAAUGCUUCCUGAACUUAUUGGUAACUUAUCUGGAUGUCUACAACUCUCCUUGGAAGAAUUGAUUUUGGAUGAUAAUAAAAUUAAGGGACCCGUGUCUGAUAUGAUAAAAAAUUUCUCCUCACUGCGAUGGUUGUUUCUUUCCAACAAUCAACUAAGUGGUACUGUGAGCAAAAGUAUUGGACUCCUAUCAAACCUUGAGGACAUAGAUCUUUCUUCGAAUUCUUUGAAUGGGACUAUCAGUGAAUCACACUUUUCUACACUAUCCAAGUUACGGCUGUUGGUCAUGUCUUCUAAUUCUUUGAGCGUCAACUUUAGCAAUGACUGGAUUCCUCCAUUCCAAUUGCAUGAUAUAGAACUUCAAUCGUGCGAGUUGGGCCCGAAGUUUCCAAGCUGGUUAAAGUCCCAAAGAAAUUUUUCUUAUCUUGAUAUCUCUGGAGGUGGGAUUUCAGAUAGCAUCCCACCGUGGUUUUGGAACCUAUCUCCUAGAGCACUUCAUGUGAAUCUUUCUUCCAAUCGUCUCUAUGGAGUCUUGCCAAAUUUGUCAACUACAAAAUUUGCUGAUUCUUUUGGCCUUGGGAUAGAUUUGAGUAAAAAUAAGUUGGAGGGUCUAUUACCAGUAUUCCCCGUUAAUGUCACAUCCAUAAACCUAUCAGAAAAUAGGUUCUUUGGGUCAAUUUCUUCUCUCUGCACCACAACUGAUGGGAAACUUGAGUUCCUUGAUGUUUCGCACAAUGAACUAUUUGGAAAGCUUCCAGAUUGCAUGAUGCAAUGGACAAGUCUAGUGAUUCUAAAUUUGGCUGAUAAUCAUUUAUUUGGGAAAAUUCCUAGCUCUAUUGGAUCUUUGCAUCGUCUUGAAUCGUUGGGUUUGCAAAAUAACAAUUUCUCUGGAGAAAUACCUUGUGGAGACAUCCCCUUGAAGCUAUGCUGGUUGACAAAUAUUAUGCUACUAGACCUCUCCAACAACAAUCUAUCUGGAAACAUACCAUGGUGCAUUCAGAAUCUAACUACAUUAGCUGAACAGGGGAUUUCUGCCCAUGAUCAUGAUUUUAUAGAAUCACGUACUGGUGCUAAUUCUGGGUACGGAGGAAGCUAUGCUGACAAAGCAUUUGUAAUGUGGAAAGGAAUGGAGCGUGAUUAUGAGAAUGGAAAUCUCAAGACUUUGAAAAUUAUUGAUCUUUCAAGCAACAAAUUAACAGGAAAGAUUCCUGUGCAGAUAUCGAUUCUCUUGGAACUGGUUGAAUUGAACUUAUCAAGAAAUCAGUUAACGGGAUGGAUUCCUCCAAACAUUGGGCAGAUGAGAAAGUUAGAAUCACUUGACUUGUCAUGGAACCAGCUUUCAGGUCAGCUUCCUUGGAGCAUGUCCCAAUUAUAUUUCCUCGGCACCUUGAACCUGUCAUAUAACAACUUUUCUGGGAGAAUCCCAUCGGGACCCCAAAUACAGACAUUUGAUGCUUCUUCAUUUGUCGGUAAUCCUGCACUCUGUGGGCUUCCUCUAACACCAACUUGUCCCGAAGAUGAAAAAUCAGAGAGCAAACCCAAAAACAGAGACAUGGAUGAAUUCUGGAAAUCGUUUAAACCGGGUAUGGAACUUGGAGCGGCCAUCGGCUUUGUGGGAGUUCUGGCGGUGAAGUUAGAUCAUCCAUGGAAACAUCUCUGUUUCCUGUUGUUUAACAACGUGAGGGUUCGCUUCAGCAACUUGAAGGGCUGCCUUUGUUUACUUGUAGCAGCACUUGGUUUGCUGGUGAGAGAACAUGUCUCCAGAUUGGGAAGAAAAUUGAAGUUGUUCGAGCCAUCAGUGUCUUCCUAGAAGCCGGUUCAAGAUGUUUCAUGUUGCCAAGUGAACUUCCAGGAUGUCUUCUCCUCUUUCCGCAUCAAUAAGUCCAAGCUGAGCACUUGGUUUUCUAUCUUCUAUUUUGUAAUAAUUUGCUUGAAACUGAUAUGCAAUAUGGAUUUGUAUUCUGUUAUUUAACUAAGUCUCAACCAUUUUUGGUGCUAGGUGUAGCAUGGAUGCCAUUAACAAGUGCAAGUAACAGUACUAUAAAAUGGGUUUCGCUUUUGUUUGUGCAAUUCCAUACACAUUUUUUCUGUUAGGUUUUUUAUUUAAGGGGUUGCUGUUUAUAACCGAAAUUUAAGUGCUUUCUUAGAGCAUUUUCGAUGGGUUUUGACAACUUUGCAUCAAAUCAAGUGCUUCCUGCAAACAACAUCUAUAAAUGGAUGCAUUAGUC